AUGCAUUUGCUAACCGAUAUCCUUAUUUUGCCAUUCAUCGACGGUCUCACACAUCUUUUUUUUUUUCUCAGGAUCGAAAAUUUUGGUUUGUGGGAGAAAGAUGAUCAUGAGUCUGAAAUGACUUUUUAUCGUCGAUUUGCUACGUUACUGGAUAUUCUUUUCAAAGGGACACAAAUUGAACUGGCAGAUGGUGAAACGGGCUGCUCUUCCACAAGACCGGCGAUUGAAAUGAACAAAGCAGUUUUCCAAGCGAUUGAUUCGGGUGCGGCGUACUGUAGAAAGAUUGACUUGCUGAUCAAAUUUGACGGUACCGAGCGUUUGGAAUUGUGUUCGAACGAAUGGAAGAAGUCGAAUGUAUCUGCAAACACCGUCCUCAAACAACAAUGCAAGAAUCUCCGUAUCAAUGCCACCAUCCUAUCUACUCUGAUUAGCAAGUACGGUGACAAAUUUGACAAGUUGAUGGCAAUGGAUUGGAUUGGACACAUCGGAUAUCUCUAUGUCUUGGAAAAACAUGGUGAUGUGUUUGUGUCGUCGCUGCUCGCUACAAUGAUGAUUCCAAAGGAAGCCGCUCACCUUGCACAAAUGAAACCUACACUUGACAAUCUUUUUUUAUUCAAGGUAAAAGAUAGAUAUGAUAUGGAUUGA